UUAUGGAGAAUGGAACAAGCUGCACUGGUACACAAUGGUGGCCAGUCAAAGUAUACGAGUACAUGCAGGGGCGGACUGACAACUCAUGGGGCCCCCGGGCAAUAGGGGAUCAUGGGGCCCCUGUGUCCUUGUCCAAACUCAAAAAAGCCUAUGAAAAAGGUACCAGGGGCAUCUCAUGGGACCCCCUACUGACCCCGGGCCCUCGGGCAGUGCCCGCAUUUCCAAAUGGUCAGUCCGCCCCUGGGUACAUAUAAUGUAGUAUGAUAAGUC